AUGGGCAGGAAAUGGCACGCCGUCGCGGCACUGGGCAUGGCGUACGCUGUCGCCGCCGCCGCCGUCGCCGAUGGCGACAAGGGCCUCUCCUUCGCCGGCACCGUUGCAGGGCCGGAGGAAGCCAGCUCCCCGCGCAAGCUGGCCAGCUUGUACGGAACCACUUAUCACCACGUCUGGCCGCCCAUGAAAUUUGGAUGGCGAAUUGUGUUAGGGUCAUUCAUUGGAUUCUUCGGGGCAGCAUUUGGCAGCGUUGGUGGAGUAGGCGGAGGCGGGAUCUUCGUUCCGAUGCUAACGUUGAUCAUUGGCUUUGAUCCAAAAUCAUCAGCAGCCAUGUCAAAAUGUAUGAUCACGGGAGCUGCUGUUUCAACUGUGUAUUGCAAUCUCAAGCUGAAACACCCAACUUUGGACAUGCCAAUGAUAGACUAUGAUCUAGCCCUCCUCAUACAGCCCAUGCUCAUGAUGGGGGUUAGCAUUGGGGUUAUUUGCAAUGUGAUAUUCCCAGACUGGCUUGUCACAAUCCUCUUGAUCAUCCUCUUUCUAGUUACUUCGAUUAAAGCUUUUCUGAAGGGUGUUGAAGCAUGGAAGAAAGAGACAGCGAUAAGAAGGGAGGCAAAGGCAAAACAACUAGAGCAAUCGAAUGAAGAUACUAGAUAUACGCUACCGCCUACAGGACCCGAUACUGCAGCUGAGACAAAAAAAACCACAGAUGAAGCGGUAUCCAUUUGGAAGAACAUUUACUGGAAGGAGUUUGGCCUUCUGGCCUCCGUUUGGGUAGCAUUCCUUACACUUCAAGUCACCAAGAACUACGUGGCAACUUGCUCCACAUGGUACUGGGUUUUGACUGUACUCCAGAUCCCGGUGUCAGUUGGAGUGUCCAUGUACCAGGCAGCAGGUUUGGUGCAGGGGAAGAGGGCGCUAUCAUCAAGAGCAAAUAACCAGACCAGCCCAAAAGCUCAUCAGAUAUUAGUGUACUGCUUCUUUGGUGUCACCGCCGGUGUCCUCGCCGGUCUGCUUGGGGUCGGUGGGGGCGUCGUCAUGGGGCCUCUCUUCCUGGAGCUCGGUAUCCAUCCGCGGGUCUCGAGUGCGACGGCCAGCUUUGCGAUGAUGUUCUCAUCUUCCAUGGCGGCCGUGGAAUACUACCUGCUGAAACGGUUCCCUGUACCAUACGCUCUCUUCUUCACUGGCCUGACAUUUGUUGCCGCGAUUGUUGGCCAGUGGGUCGCAAGGAAGCUGGUCAAUUGGCUAGGGCGGGCAUCAUUUAUCAUCUUCAUAUUGUCCUCCAUGAUCUUCGUUAGCGCCAUUUCUCUAGGUGGAGUCGGCGUCUCCAAGACGACUCACAAGAUGGCGCGGCACGAGUACAUGGGAUUCGGCAACAUUUGCAACUAUCAUGCGUAG